UGACGCACCAGUAAGAGGCGGAGCUACACGGAGGGGCGAAGCUUCCACGUCACUCUCCAGAAACGAAAGUUAAGUUGGUCAGAGAGACAGACGCGCUGCAGUGAAGACAAGUCUCCGUGUUUCUGAGAGAAAAGUCAAAGUGACGUCAUCAGGUGUUCCUCAGCAACACAGCAGAGUCUCUUGAGAACACAGGUGAGUACAGCUGGUCACAUUUACACCUUCAACAAGCAGGAAGAACACACAACGCACAUGGCUUCUGCAAACUAUGGUCCAUCUGAAGAUCAGUUCCUGUGCUCCAUCUGUCUGGAUGUGUUCACUGAUCCAGUCUCCACACCAUGUGGACACAACUUCUGCAUGAACUGCAUCAAUGAACACUGGAACACCAGCGACCAGAACCUGUGUCCAAUGUGUAAGGAGGAAUUCACCACCAGACCUGAUUUGAGGGUCAACACCUUCAUCACUGAGAUGAUUGUUCAGUUCAGACAGUCCACUCAGCAGAAAGCCAGCAGCAGCAGCUCAGAGCAACCAGGAGAAGUUCCCUGUGACGUCUGCACUGGAACCAAAGUGAAGGCCCUCAAGUCCUGCCUGGUGUGUCUGGCCUCCUACUGUGAGACUCACCUGGAGCCUCAUCUGACAGCUUCACGCCUGAAGAGACAUCAGCUGAUGGACCCUGUGGAGAACCUGGAAGGCAGGAUGUGUACGAAGCACGAUAAACCUCUGGAGCUGUUCUGUAAGAGCGACCAGACGUGUGCCUGCAUGCUCUGCACUGUUUUAGACCACAAGAACCAUGAGUAUGUUCCUCUGGAAGAAGAAUAUGAAGAAAAGAAGGUUGAGCUGAAGAAGACAGAGACUGAAAUCCAGCAGAUGAUCCAGAAGAGAAGACUGAAGAUUCAGGAGAUCAAACACUCAGUGGACCUCAGUGAGGAAAAUGCAGGCAGAGAGAAAGCAGAAGGUGUUCAGGUCUUCACUGAUCUGAUGGAGUCUGUUGGAAGAGGCUUGAAGGAGCUCCUCAAAACAAUAGAAGAGAAGCAGGCAACCACAAAGAAACAGGCUGAAGCUUUCAUCAGAGAGCUGGACCAGGAAAUCUCUGAGCUGAUGAAGAGGAGCGCUGAGGUGGAGCAGUUCUCUCUCUCUGAAGACCACCUCCAUCUUCUCCAGUCCUUAAACAUCCAUCAGCCACCACCCACCAAGGACUGGACAGAGGUCCGUGUUUGUCCUUCAUAUGAGGGGACUGUGGUGAGAGCUGUGUCUCAGCUGGAGGAGACACUCAGUGAAAAGAUGAAGGUGUGGUUUGCUGAAGCUGAGCUGAAGAAGGUCCAGAUGUUUGCAGUGGAUGUGACUCUUGAUCCUGAAACAGCUCAUCCUCAACUCAUCCUGUCUGCGGAUCGGAAACAAGUGAAACAUGGUGAUGUGAAGAAGAAUCUCCCAAACAACCCAAAGAGAUUUUCUUCUUACUGUGUUGUAACAAAGCAGAGUUUCUCUUCAGGCAGAUUCUACUUUGAGGUUCAGGUUGAAGGAAAGACUGAGUGGUUUUUAGGAGUGAUCAGAGAGUCUGUCGACAGGAAGGAAAUCAUCUCACGGAGUCCUCAGAAUGGUUCCUGGAUUCUAUGUUUGACAAAUGGAAAUGAAUACACAGCUCUUGAUGAUCCUCGAGUUGUUCUCUCUGUGAAGUCUGGUCCUCAGAAGGUGGGGGUGUUUGUGGACUAUGAGGAGGGUGUGGUCUCCUUUUAUGACGUAGAAGCUGCAGCUCUCAUCUACUCCUUCACUGGCUGCUCCUUCACUGAGAAACUCUUCCCGUACUUUGGUCCUGGUUUUAAAGAUUAUGCUCCUCUGAUCAUCUCUCUUGCUGAACUUUGAGUAAAUUAACAAAUUUUAUCUGAUGUGCAGCCUGAACUUAUUGUUGAACAUUUAAUAUUUUCAUAAACGCCUCUUACCUUUCCAUUGUGUUCACAGAAUACACUUUGUGUUAUUGUUGUUGCAUUAAAGGUCAAUGGACAAAGUGAAUUAAUAACAGAUGCAAAUGUCCUUUUGGUGAGAACAUUGUUUGAAUAAUUUAAAGUCAAAUUGGCAAAUUUGGAUUUGUUUAGUGAAUAUUUGUAAUAUGACUUAAAAUAAAGAUAAGUCCUAAUCAACGACAAAUGUACAUUUCUUUUUUUAAGUUACUUUUGCCUUAUAAAUAACUUGAAUUGAUCACUCAACAGAAAUGACACAUGAGUUAUUUAUUAAUCUCUACAACAAUUCAUACAAAUACAUGUUAAUUCAUUAAAAACUUAAUGUUCAAAAUACAAUUACUAAUGCAGGAUGGACUCUAAAUACCCAACGGGGAGGACAGAAGGACUCGUGGAGGUCCACACGGAGGACAAAGAGACGUGUCCCCUACCUGGCUGAUGCUGGGCAGUUUGGUGAGCAGCAUCUGGAAGACGGGUGGAGGCAGAGUCUGCUGCAGCACCUGCAGCAGCUGCUGAGGCUGACCACACACGGCGAUGGCGUUGGUCAGGUGGUCUACGCCUUUCUGGUGGUCUCCUGAGGAGCACAAGGACGCGAGGUGAAGACGCAUGUCCUCAAUGGGCUUCUUACAGCUUAGUCACUUCUCAUUUUCAGUGAUGUUCCAAUGGAAGCCGUCUACGUUCUUCUUUUAGAACAAACUUCUUAUUUAACCCUUGUGUGGUGUUCAGGUCUGUGGGACUGACUGAACAUUUCAGUCCUUCAAAACUUCUAACAGCUGACUUUUCUCUUUUCUCUCUUUGUACAAUGUUCAUGCAGAGAAGUAAUUCAUCUGUUUUAUUCCAUUAAAUAGCUACUUUAGUGGAAGCCCAUUUCCACCAGUAAAAAAAAAAAAGAUUAUGAGAUCAAGAUGAAUAAUAAUAAACAAAACGAGAGAAAAUAAGAAAAAUAAGAAAAAAUAUUUGCAUUUGCAUGGGUGUAUAUGAGGUUUGUGUCUAUAUGUGCGUGUGUAUGUGCACAUCUACACAUGGGUAUGUGAGUAUAUGUGUAUGUUUAUUGAUGACAAUGGAUGGUGGAUUUUUUUUACAAAAAAAAGAAUAGUUACAAGUAUGAGAUCAAAAGUCAUUGAAGAAAUGAAGCAUGGCAUAGUUUUUAAAGUGUUUUUAUUUAUUUUCAGAUUCAGAUUCAAAUCUGAAAAA